AUGUCAAGACCUGUCGAUGUAUUUGGUUUGAGUAAUAUCUUUCGUGAGUUGGGAUAUCCAUCUUGCAGCACACUGGAAAAUGCCAUGCGGGUCAUGGAAAAUCGAGAGCUGAAUCCCAUGGCAAUUGCACGCGUCCUGACGAUGAUGGUCGGUACCCACAACAGCUUAACCCCAACCUCAGAUGCCACUACCUGGAAUAUUGAGAACUUUGUUGCUGCAGUAAAAAAGAAGGAACCUGCCUUAGACUGGACAGCAGUGAUGUAUGGACUUGAUAUUCCAGAUUUCUAUGUUUUUGACUCUACUGGUCUCAAGAUAUUAGUAGAUGCAUGGAACUAUAGCCAAAAGGAUACUCAUCUAUCAUUUCCUGCCUAUGUAUUUAUGCAACCCUGGAGAAACGUACGGGGGCAUUUGAGCGUCUUGUACCAAAUGAUAUAUGGCUCGCCUGAUGUACUUGACCUUUCGCGGCUACCUCUGAGGAAAAUCAUCAGAGAUGUACACAUUCAGGCACUUCCUAUGAGUGUGCGUGCUAGCUUACUUCAUUUGGCAUCUCAACAGCUAAAUUGCCUAGAUCUUGUUGAAGCAGUCAUUAAGAUCACCGAUACUUCUGUGAUAGAAGAUGUUAAACUUCUUAUGGAUCAGUUGGUACGCCAUGUACCUGAACUGCUUUUAUUGGGAUUGGCACAGAUACAGCCAAUCAAGAAUGAAUUACAUCGUGAUCUCUUGUUGAGGUUAUUCAGCAUAUUUGUGAUUGGACAUACAAAUUCAGUGUUGGUAGUAAUGCUAUUGUGGAAUAUUCAUUCAACUUUGUUACUGGGAGGGUUUCUGGAUAUGUACAAAAAUGAUCCGACUUCGAUAUCACGUAUCCUUGAUUUAUCUCAGGAAGCAAAGAUUCUCGCACAUGUUCUCAGGGCAGAUAUGCCUUUUUUCACACUUGAUAUGGCCUCACUUGCAGCAAGAAGACAGCACCUUAACAUGGAGAAAUGGUUGAACGAAAGGAUUUCUGAAGAUGGGAUGAUGUUUAUUGUAGCGUGUAUAAAUUUCUUGGAGGCAAAAUAUACAAUCGAGGUGUCACGACGCUCUGGUGCAAAUUCUGUCCGUACUCUUCAACUGUCAAGCGAAGUUAUCAAGACAUUCUUCCGUGUCUUAUCAGAAAAACCUCUUUCUCCUACAGAUUCUUUGAAAGUCAGUAAGCUGAUUCAGGUAUACACUCAAUUAUACCCUCAAUUGAGCGAAAGUCACCCAAAUCAUAAAAAAGAUCCAGAGGAGGUUACAGAAACUGAGAGAUCAUACUCGCGUGAUGUCGAGGAAGCGGUCCGGGGCUAUUUUGAAAAACUCUAUACAAAUGCUAUUAGUCCCAGCAGUUUUGCUAUCGCUCUCAAAAAUUGUCAAGACUCCAAAGAACAACGCCAAGUCGAUUUCUUUUUGUGUACUUUGCACACCCUUUUAGACGAAGCUCGCUUCUUUAAUCAGUAUCCUGAAAAUGAAUUGAUGGCUACUGGAGAAUUAUUGGGGCUCUUAAUUGACCAACGCUCAAUCUCAUUCGAUCGUUUGCGUGUGGCUCUCAAACUCGUUCUUGAUGCCCUUAACUACCCUCCUGGGUCCAAAAUGUUCAAUUUUGGUGCUCAGGCACUUGCUCAAUUCCAAGGUCGUCUUUCUGAAUGGCCCCAGUACACCUUCUUGUUAUCUCGUAUCGGCGGCUUAAGCGAUUACCCCGCCCUCACUGACAAUGUUGCAGAUACUCUUCAAAAAAUGUCUCUACAAGAUGCCGAUGUCUCGGCCACCAAUGCUUCAUCAAAGGAGCCCAAAAUCGAACAGCCCGAUCACAGAGCUUCUGCUGUAGCCAGAAGAGAGGAUGAUGAAUUAGCCCCAAAUGUUGGUACACUACUUCAACGUGCGCCCAACAAAAACUAUCAGGAUCCACCUCUCAAGGUCCAAGAGCGUGUCUCUUUUUUGAUUAAUAAUCUUUCGAUCAGUAAUCUUGAGAGUAAAAAGACCGAAUUGGAGCAAUUGUUGCAGGAACCAACUUGGGGAUGGUUCAGUCACUAUCUUGUAGUCCGACGUGUCACUAUUGAGCCUAACAAUCAUGAGCUCUAUGCUACUCUGCUAAAGUCUCUUCAAAAGUCCUCUCUGAUCGAUAAUGUGGUCGAAGAAACAUUCGACAACAUCAGGAUAUUGAUUCAGUCUGAUAAUAAUAUCGAGACUACCAAUAGAGACAUGUUGAAGAAUCUGGGAAGUUGGUUGGGUCGUAUGACAUUAGCUCGCAAUAGGCCUAUUCGACACAAGGACCUGUCAUUCAAAGGUCUGCUUUUAGAUGCAUAUUAUAAGGAUCGGUCUAUUGUAGCUAUUCCGCUGGUUUGCAAAAUACUUCAGCACACUGCUGAUAAUAAGGUCUUCAAACCACCUAACCCAUGGCUUAUGAGUAUUCUUAAGCUAUUAGCAGAAUUAUAUUGGACUGAUAAUCUGAAGUUAAACAUGAAGUUUGAGAUUGAGCUUUUAUUCAAAGCAUUGGAUAUUGAUUUGAAGAAGAUUGAACCAUCAUCUGAACUGUCGAAAAGGUCCCCGCCUGGAAUUGAUGUUGAUACUGACAAGAGACGACCACCAAAAAUCGAACCUGAACAAAUUGUUAAUCCAGGCAGUCCUGAAACUGUGUCAGAUAGUGUUCCAGAUUUUGAUAUUACAGCUCUAUUGUCGAAACUUAAUUUUACGCCUGGGAUUGCCCAUUUCAUGCUCCAACAGCCAGUGGCAAAGACUGCAGUCUACCGUGCAAUUUCAGAAGCGUUUGAAGAAAUUGUUCCUCCCAUUAUUGAUACAUCCUCCAACAUAGCUGUGGCAUCUACUAAAGAACUUGUUCUCAAAGACUUUGCUACUGAUCCAAACGAAAUAAAAGUCAGACAAGCAGCACAUGCUAUGGUCCAACCUUUGGCUGCUAAUCUAGCUAUGAUCACUUGUAAAGAGCCUCUAUAUAAAAAUAUGCUGGCUUUUAUUCGGAUACAUCUCAUGCAAGUUGGGUUCCUUGAAAAUCUUUCAGAAGAGAUAGCCACAUUAGUAACAUCAGACAAUAUUGAUACCGCUUGUUUGUUUGUCGAACAUAUUGCUCGAGCUAGAGCCACAGUUAGUGUAGACCGGGCCCUUUCACCUGCCUAUUUUAACCGUAUUGGCUAUCGGGAUCAACGUAACCCGGCUCCUUACUUUGAUAGCUUGAGCUUACAUGGAUCUCCUCACGAUAUUCAACUUCCUGAACUGUUACGUCCUAUUGGGAGCAUAAACCCUCAACAAAUGAAUGUAUAUGAAUCAUUCCACAACAUGUAUACAGGCGAACCGUCUUAUAUCGGUUAUGUUGGACCAGAGUCUCAAGGGGAUACUGGCCAGCCUUUAGUGGAUCCUAACCAGGAUGGAUUCGCUGAAAAGCUAGAGCAAGUGUUGCUAGAACUUGAUCGGCUGGUUCGAGAGUGUAGUAUCCCGAGCUGUGCUCAACUACCGCCAAAUCAUGAUAUUUGCUUGUUAAUUCGGCAAAUUCCGUUGUUGAUCACCCAAAGCGUUACUCCAUUGAAGACUAUGUUAUCUUUUGUCGAAAAGUUGGUUUUUGUUCUCUAUCAGAGCACAACUCCUUUCGCACUCGAGAUAUACACUGUCUUUUUACAAUCUCUAUUUGAGCUAUCGGGAGAUGCGGCCAAAGAAACAUUAGCAUGGAUUAUAUACAGCAACGACGAUCGAAAGUACAAUGCACCUGUGAUUGCAAUGCUAAUUUGCCAUGAACUACUUCCACUUGAAGAGUACGAUGUCCAAUUGGCCAAGAAAAUUGAUAUCAAAAAUAACACAAUCAUUGAGUUCUCGGUUCAUCUCAUUCGUCUUUGUUUGUUCAACAACCCGACCACAUUGCUGGAAGACCAUAUUCUCACUGUCGCAUCAUUGAAUGAACUUGCCAAGAACGAAAAGGACGUCCCGGAGAGUGUUGUGGCUCUUAUGCAAGACCUAAAACAGCAAAUCAGUCAUCCGUACACAGAAAUCAGUCCUAAUCUUGACUGUUUGGAGAUGCGUAUCUUGCUUGCUGAGUGGGUACGUCUGUGCCAGCACCCUAUGGCUACAGAAGGGAUUUACCGUACACUUGCUAAAAAGGUGCUUCAAGCUACUCAAGAUGAAGAAGGAAGAUGUUUUUUCUUUAGAUUGUGUACAGAAACAUGUGUCAAUCAAUCUCUUAUGUUCAGUCCCAACAAUACUUCCCAUCAAAGACGGGUUGGGGUUACAAUUGACUCGUUCUCAAAACUAGUUAGAUACACCAUUAUGGUGGAGCCUAGUAAGGAUGACAAGGCCAAGAUUAAACAUCUGAGCGACACCUUGUCCAUUGUCAUUCUUGUCCUUGCCAAUCAUCAUCAAACCAGAGGAACAAACUUUUACCAGAAGCCAUUUUUGCGCCUUUUGUCUUCUAUGUUUUCAGAGAUCAGCAAAAUCGGGAUCAAGUCAGUUGAGUCUGGUAUGAUUAUUGUAUUCAGCAACACUCUCUAUACAUUGCAACCUAUGAACUUCCCUGGAUUUGCAUACUCUUGGCUCCAGCUUAUCUCUCAUCGUAACCUUUUACCACAACUGAUGGUUGUAAAUGACAGCAAAGGGUCUAUUAUGUGUCAGAAACUGAUCUUGUCUCUUUUGAGAUUUUUGCGUCCUUUGCUCGAGAAGCGGUCUUUGCCAAGUUCUACAAAAACAUUUUAUCAAGGCACUUUGCGCGUGCUUGUGGUGUUACUUCACGAUUUUCCUGAGUUUUUCUGCAACAAUUACAUGGUGUUUUCUCAAGCCAUUCCUCACUCGUGUAUCCAAAUGCGUAAUCUGGUCUUGAGUGCUUUCCCAAAAGCCAUGCUUCUACCGGAUCCGUUCAAGCCAGAUUCUCAAUCCGAUGGUCUACCAGAGUACAAAGAGCCGCCAGUGCUGGAUACGGGCUACGCUCGAGUGCUGCAAGAGAAAGGAUUCAAAGAUGACAUUGAUCAAUAUGUGCAAGGGAAGGGGAAAGACAAGGCGUUUUUGAAGCGGGCCCUGGAUCAUCUGAAGAAUGAUACUAAAGACUCGGAAACUCACCUGGAGAUAUUAGCAGCAUUUGUGCUCUACAUCGGAUCCAAGGUGGCUGAAAAUCCCGAGCCGAAGGUAUCGAUGGAAGAUAAUGUAGCCGUCGGUGUCUUUAAAUAUCUUUUAGCCAACUUUGAAUCGGAAGGACGUUAUAUUUUAAUCAAUGAUAUUGCUGAUCAUUUACGCUACCCCAACAGCCACACCCACUUCUUUAGCAAAGCGCUACUUUUCUUGUUUGAUGAUCAAUCGGAAUCUGUGAAAGAGCAGAUUACUAGGGUAUUACUGGAACGAUUGAUUGUAAAUCGACCUCACCCAUGGGGACUCUUGGCUUCGUUCAUGGAGUUGAUUAAGGAUCCUGAUUUCUGGAAUCAUGACUUUAUCCGCUGUUCUCCAGAUAUCGAACGCCUUUUCGAGAAUGUUUACAGAUCUAUCAACCAAACACUUUAGAUUCCUUCCUUUUACUUCUUUUACUUAUCUACCCUUUUAUAUAUAUAUAUAUAUAUAUUUAUACGUGCGUAUCUUGCUUACCAUCAUCUCUUUCUUUUUUUUCCUAUUAAUAUACUUUCUUUGCUUCUCUUUAUCCCAAACCCAACCAUUAGAGACCAAGUUCAUCAUGUAAAAAAAAAUUCUUAGCUUUAUUCAAAUAAAAAGUUUUAUUUCUUUUUUUUCCCGUC